UACUUUGUUAUCCUGCUUCCUUUUAAGAGCAGAACUCUUCAUCUAAUCUCAUCAUAUUCAGCUGAGUGAAUAACUUUAAAGGGAUUGCUGCAAUGUGUUCUUGACUUGAAUUUAAGUGAUGGUAUUGCUUUCCAGAUGUAUACAUGGCGCCUGAGAUUUAUAACGAUGAAAUAUUUGAUCGAAGCGUUGAUGCAUACUCUUUUGGAGUCAUUUUGUACGAGAUGCUUGGGGGAGUGCAGCCUUUCCAUCCUAAAACACCUGAAGAGGCCGUGAAGUUGAUGUGCUUAGAGAAAAAAAGACCGCCAUUCAAGAUCAAAGUAAGAAGUUACCCUCCAGAUUUAAAAGAGUUGAUUGAUGAAUGUUGGCAUUCAGAACCUGUUGUCAGACCAACCUUUUCUGAGAUCAUCACAAGACUGGAUAAAGUUUGUUGCAACUGUUCAAAACAAGGAUGGUGGAAAGACACUUUUAAGCUUCCAUGGAAGUAACAGGGGAGGCAUUCAGUGACAUUUCGAGAAGAGGAAACUUGGAACAAGACCGAGGAUUUUCGUCGAUGAAAUUAACAGUUUUGGAGCUUCAUGUUACACAUUGAUCAUUAAGGGGACAAAUAAAUUGGGAUUAAGAUCAAAAUGAGUUGCUGUGUCCUUGUUCUCUUGUUCCUUUGUAUGUAUAAUAUGUGCACCUGGGAUCCUUGUAUGAAUUGAAAUAGUAAUUUUACUUUA